CGACUCCUUAGACUUUGUGUAUAUAGAAAACCGUGUGAAAAUAAAUGAAAGUAGAAGUGCAAUUCCCCUUGAAAUUAAUUUUGGUGAAGAGCCCAAGCAAUAGCAGCAGCAUUUCAACUGUAACUCCAAUUCCCCUUAAAAACUUUGCAUGCUUCAAUUCCCUUUUUCUUUGAUAAACCAAACGCCAUUUAUUCCAUGCAUCUUCCCUCACUCACUCUCCCUACGUAUAAAUACACACACUUGUUCCUUAUCCCCACUACUCGCAUCUCAUUUUACCAUAACCAUUUUGUUUACACUUGAGAGAAACUAAUAUGGUGGGAACAGCAAAGAAAACCAGGAGAACCAACAAAGAUGACUCACUUGCAGUAGUACAUGGAGAAAACCCUGAACCUGUUUCAACUAUUAUUGCUCCUAUUGUCUCAUCCUACAAUGAGAAGAUUCGUCCUAUUCUUGAUGCUGUUGAGAAUCUCAGGAGACUCAACAUUGCCAAGGAAGGGAUUCAGCUUCCAACCAUUGUUGUUGUUGGUGAUCAAAGUUCUGGCAAGUCUAGUGUGCUUGAAUCUCUUGCUGGCAUCAGCUUGCCACGUGGCCAAGGCAUAUGCACCAGGGUUCCUCUUGUUAUGAGGCUCCAAAGUCAUCUUUCAAAUCCUGAACUCAUGCUUGAGUUCAAUGGCAAGAGCAUCUCAACAGAUGAAGACAAUGUGUCUGAUGCUAUCAACAUUGCCACUGAAGAACUUGCUGGAAAUGGCAAAGGGAUAUCAAACACCCCUUUGACAUUGGUGGUGAAGAAAAAUGGUGUUCCUGACUUGACAAUGGUGGAUCUUCCUGGUAUUACUAGGGUUCCUGUUCAUGGCCAGCCUGAAAAUAUCUAUGAUCAGAUCAAGGAUAUUAUCAUGGAGUAUAUUAAGCCUGAAGAGAGCAUUAUUCUGAAUGUUCUUUCUGCUACCGUUGAUUUUACUACUUGUGAAUCCAUAAGAAUGUCUCAGUCUGUGGAUAAAACUGGUUUGAGAACCUUGGCUGUUGUAACAAAAGCUGAUAAGUCUCCUGAAGGCUUGUUGGAGAAGGUAACUGCUGAUGAUGUUAACAUUGGUCUUGGUUAUGUCUGUGUCAGGAACAGGAUUGGCGAUGAAUCUUAUGAGGAGGCGAGGAUUGAAGAAGAGAGGCUUUUUGAGUCUCAUCCAAUGCUUUCAAAGAUUGACAAAUCCAUUGUUGGUGUUCCUGUUCUGGCACAGAGGCUAGUUCAGGUUCAAGGCAUGAUCAUAUCCAAAACUCUACCAGAAAUUGUAAAGAAAAUCAAUGAGAAGCUGACUUACAAUUUAUCUGAGUUGGAUAAGUUGCCUGUGAAUCUGACUUGUGUUGCUGAUGCUAUGACUGCAUUUAUGCAUAUCAUUGGUUUAUCCAAAGAGUCAUUGAGGAAGAUUCUUCUGAGAGGGGAGUUUGAUGAGUACCCUGAUGAAAAGAAUAUGCACUGCACUGCAAGGUUAGUUGAUUUGCUGGAUUCAUACUCUAAUGAUCUUCAAAAGUUCUCUGAAAAAGAGGCCACGAAAGAUUUUCUCAUGGACGAGAUUAGGGAGCUGCAAGAAGCUAAAUGGAUUGGUUUGCCCAACUUCAUGCCAAGAACUGCUUUUCUAUCAAUACAUCAGAGGAAGGUUAAGGCAAUUGCUCACAUGCCAAUUGAUUUUGUUCGUAAUGUGUGGGAAUAUUUGGAAACUGUUGUGAGUUCUGUUUUGAUGCGUCAUUGUGAGAGUUAUUAUCAGCUUCAGGUUUCUACACGGCGUGCCGGCCAGUCUCUUAUCUCCAAGAUGAAAGAGAGUUCUAUUAAGCAUGUCUUGGUUGUUGUUGAAAUGGAGAAGCUGACUGAUUAUACCUGCAACCCUGAGUUCAUUGGAGAGUACAAGAAGUUGAUUUUGCAGCAAGAUGGUUUUGUAAAAGCUGUUUUGGAUCAUCAGAAUAAUCAGACUUCAAAGGUGAAGCUUGAAGGUGUUGGAGAAAUCGAUGUUGCUCAUCUGAAGCAAUAUUCCAGUAUGCUUACUCAAGCUUUUGACUUAAAAGUGAGGAUGAUUGCUUACUGGAGGAUCGUACAGAAGAGGUUCAUUGAUAGCAUUGCGAUGCAUUUGAUGCUAAGUAUCCACAAUCUUGUGAACAAAGACCUGGAAAAAGAAAUUGUUCAUGACUUGAUGUCACCAAAGGGUGGUGGAAUUGAAAGGCUGCUGGAGGAGUCACCUUCCAUUGCAGGGAAGCGUGACAAGCUGAAUAGGAGUGUCAAGGUGCUCAGGGAAUCCAAAGAAACGGUUGGAAAUCUUAUGGUUAGGAUUGGAACAUAUGGUGAUUAGAUAUGUUGGCCUUUCUUGGAAUGGAGCACUUUUUGUAAUUUGAAUGUGUCUUUUAAUAUUUGUGUCAAUGAAAAUAGUUUGUAGUUUAUAAUUUUGAAAGUUAAUGUUUUCUUUAGACAAAAAUAUACUAGAACAAUAUUGAAGAUUUCAAAUGCAGUAUUCAUCCUAUACACAAGUUUAUACUAGAGUGAAAAAUGGCCAAAUGCAAGUCUUCUAUAUGCUAAAAAAGCCUAAACUAUUGAUCAUUAAAAUUGUGCUUCCCUAUGAUUUUGAGCAUAUUUCAUGCAUGUCAUUGCCAGAGACUGAGGAAGAAGUAGGUACAAAAUAU